CUCAGCGGUUUCGAGGAGAGAGUCCAUGUCACCGUUCUCUGUGCCGCCGCCGGCGGCGAUCUUCUCCCCUAAUUCGGGACCUGGCGGAAUAUCUCAUCAACAGUCUCUAGCGCAAGUCACUUCUCAGGAUGCUCAAUCGCAUUCUCAAAUGCAUAAUCUACCGGAUGCAAAUAAUAAUUCUUUUGAAUCGGGAUGUACUUCUCAUUGUAAUCAGAGGUCCCAGCCUGCUUCUCUCAUCAUCGAUAAACCAGUUGAUGAUGGCUACAAUUGGCGAAAGUAUGGACAAAAGCAGGUAAAGGGCGGCAAGUAUCCUCGGAGCUACUACAAAUGUACCCAUCCAAGCUGUCCAGUUACGAAAAAGGUCGAGCGUUCUCUUGAAGGUGAAGUAACCGAGAUAAUCUACAAGGGCCAGCACGAUCAUCAGAAGCCCCCAAGGCAUUCAAAGGAGUCCAAUGAAUUAACUGGGAACCUAGAUUGUGCUAAUAAUGCUGACACUAGUUCUAAAAAAGAGAGUGAAUUUGGUCAUGGGACAUCUGAACAGUUACCUGGAUCAAGCGAUGAUGAGGAGGGAGAUGCUGACAGUGAACCUGAACCGAAGAAAAGGGCUGUUGAUGUCAGGGAAACCGAACCGACGUCUUCUCACAGGACAGUCACAGAGCCGAGAAUCAUUGUGCAGACAACAAGUGAGGUUGAUCUUCUGGAUGAUGGUUUUAGGUGGAGAAAGUAUGGGCAGAAGGUGGUUAAGGGGAAUCCUUACCCCAGGAGUUAUUAUAGGUGCACUAGUGCAGGAUGCAAUGUUCGAAAGCAAGUGGAACGAGCUUCAACAGACCCCAAAGAAGUUAUAACAGCAUACGAAGGAAAACAUAACCAUGAAAUUCCAGCAGCUAGAAACAGCAGCCAUAACACUGCAAACUCCAUCGCCGCUGCUGAUAUUUUGCAGCCAAAAGUUCACAACCCCAUACCCAGUCAUCAAUCCUUCUUCAAGAGGGGUGAUUUAAGAAACAAUGUUUUAUUGGCCAGUUGCAGUUCUCCAGCUGAAAGAACACGGCAUGCCUUAAGUUAACCUUGUUCUGCAACAUAAGUUCACUGUGUAUUUUGCUGUAACUUAGUUUUUGUACCCUUUUUUGGAGUUUUUUUAAUCCUUGUUGACAUCUCUUUUUCCAUUUAUAUGUUAUAGCUUGUGGUAUACACAAUUGUAAUACAAUUAGUACUCGUUAGAUGUACACCUUGUAUAUGGCUUUCUUUUCUCCUGAAA